UGGCGGUUCUUUCUUUCCCCUUGUCCCUUGACACCCGAACGGCCGAACCUGAACACCCACGCCUGCGUGAGCUAACCUAUCGCCGGCCCGUCCCGUGUACUGCUCCGGCCAGCCAUGAAGCUCCUAGCGCUCCCCCUCCUCCUAUGGAUCUUUGCCGCCACCGCCGCCCCGUUCAGUCUACCUCUCGAGACCCUCGGCAUCGCUCCGCAAGAUGAGGCGUACUAUAGGGGCGGCGUGAUCAAGUGCAGGAACGGAUCGGGCAAGUUCACCAGGGAUCAGCUGAACGACGACUUCUGCGACUGCGCCGACGGCACCGACGAGCCCGGGACUUCUGCAUGCCCAGAGGGGAAAUUCUACUGCCAGAAUGCUGGCCAUUCUCCAAUUACGAUCUUCUCAUCGUGGGUGAAUGAUGGUAUAUGCGAUUGUUGUGAUGGGAGUGAUGAAUAUGGUAGCAACACUACUUGUAAGAAUACAUGCUGGGAAGCUGGCAAGGCCGCUAGGGAGAAAUUGAAGAAGAAAGUAGCUACAUAUAAAAGUGGCGUCGUUAUUCGGAAUCAGGAGGUUGAAAAGGCAAAAGUGGCAAUUGCUAAAGAUGAAGCCGAGCUAACAAAACUGAAGGGUGAAGAGAAGAUACUCCAAGGGCUUGUUGACAAGCUCAAAGAGCAAAAGAGAUUAAUAGAGAAGGCAGAGGAAGAGGAGCGCUUAAUAAAAGAGAAGGAAGAAAAGAGAAUUAAAGAAGAAGCUGAAAAGAAAGCUGCUGAGGAAAAGAAAGCACCUGAUGCCUCUCAGGAAGCAGAUUCUCAGGACACUAACCAGAAUGCGCAAGAAGGUGAAAGCAAGGUAGCUGAACAUCAUGAUGGACAUGUCACGGACAAUGAAAAUCACUCACCAGAAAGUGGGACAUCUGUUGAGGAGCUGGACAUUAAAGCUGGAACUGGAGAUGAUGCACUGCCGAAGGAGAUGUCUGCAGUACCUACAAAAGAGCAGGACCUUACUUCUGUCAACUCUGAAGGUUUAUCAAAGGAGGAUUUAGGUCGUUUGGUAGCUUCCCGCUGGACUGGAGAAAAUGUAGAUGAUGUUGGUAAAGGCGAUAAAAAGGGUCAUGAGGAUGAGCUUGAUAUACCAGAACCCGCAGAAGAAGGACUAGAAGAUGUGCAUGAUAUACCAGAACCCGCAGAAGAAAAUUAUGCUGGCUAUCAUUCAGAAGUUGAGGAUGACAGGCAUAAAUUUGAUGAUGACUUGUCUAAUGCAUCAGAUGAUGAAUAUGCAGAUGAUCAUGAAGAACCUGAUGAGUCUUAUAAAUCUGACGACGACCACAAAAGUGACUCUUAUAAAUCUGAUGACGACCACAAAGGUGAUGACCAUUCAGAUUUAACUGCCUCAGGACAAGCAUCAUGGCUAGACAAGAUUCAGCAAACUGCACAAAAUGUUCUACAAAAAUUCAACUUUUUCAAGACCCCCGUGGAUUUGUCAGAGGCAUCUCAUGUUCGGAAGGAGUAUGACGAUGCCAGCACAAAGCUGUCCAAAAUUCAGUCUAGGAUAACCACUCUGACGGACAAGCUAAAGCAAGAUUUUGGCAACGAGAAGGAGUUCUAUUACUUCUAUGACCAGUGCUUCGAAGGCAAGGAGGGCAAGUAUGUUUACAAGGUCUGUCCGUACAAGAAAGCUUCACAGGUGGAAGGACACAGUUCCACUAACCUGGGGCGCUGGGACAAAUUUGAAGAAUCAUACAGAAUAAUGCACUUCUCCAAUGGAGACAAAUGCUGGAAUGGCCCUGACAGAAGCCUGAAGGUUAGGCUUAGAUGUGGGCUGAACAACGAGCUUAAUGGCGUCGAUGAGCCCAGCAGAUGCGAGUACGUCGCUGUAUUGUCUACUCCUGCACUAUGCGUUGAGGAGAAGCUGAAGGAGCUGCAACAGAAACUCGACUCCGCGUCUUCGGACCUGCCCGGCCAUGAUGAGCUCUAAGUUACACUAGGAGGCAACAGCUCCAUUAUUACAACCAUAACCAUAAGAAAGGCUAAUGAGGCACAUGGAUAGAAAAACCUGGAACUGGAGAAAGAGUGUAGUAGCCUUCAGAUUACGGCCAGUUUGGCUAUAGAAAUUUUCGAGCAAAGUAAGAGGAACCUGGAAAUUUUUCACCUCAUCCUUAUUUGCUAGUAGAGGAAAACCUGCAACUGCACCUUUUUGUUUUUCGUACUUUGACGUUUUUCUAAUUAUUUAUUUAGGUCAUGUGAAAGAGUCUCUAGAUCUCUGUUUGUAACUUAUCAGUUAUGCGUAGUGUUCACGAAUUAUCCUGGGUACUUGCUCUGGAUUCAGCUUUUGUUACACACUGACCGGAA